UGUUAUGCUGUUAUACUGUGAGAUGCAGGUCUGUGGGAUGCAGAAACCCUAGUGGGAGGCCUGCUCUGCAUUUCAAGUAUGAGACUUGAACAUAUCCUUUCCUACUUAUUCUUCUUUCUUUUGUUUUCAAUUAUCAUUCUCUCCUGUGAUACUCCAGCAGCAUCUUUUCUUUGUCGUGGCAUUUAAUAGGUGUAUUCAGUCUUUUUUUUUUAUCCUGGAUUAAUAGUCAUUAUAGUUCUUCAAUAGUUAAUCAAUUCUGAUAUUUUUCCAGUGUGUUUAGUGCAUGAGCUGCCCUGUUUUACAGCUUUCUAUUCUGAGUUUCCCCAUCUGAUUCCUAAGGGUCUGUCCAUUGGAUGAGCUCAGAAUUUUGAGCACCUCAUCCUGGAUUAAUAGUCAUUAUAGUUCUUCAAUAGUUAAUCAAUUCUGAUAUUUUUCCUGUUAAUCAAUUGAUUAGACGAUUUUAGAUGAAAAUUUGAAUCCCUGCUCCCUAUAAUGGGAGAUGAGGAAAUAUAAUUGGUCACUUCUACCUUUCUUGUCUUGUUGGUGACCUUUUAGACUUUACUUCCAAUUCUCUCUCUCUCUCAAUGUGGUUGUUUUCAUAUUGAAAGGAUCCUUUCCCCCACCCCCUUUCCUCUCUUUUUUUCUAGCCAUAGCUCAUGAUAUGACAAGAAUUGGAACUUUUAUUAUACUUUUGAAAAUUAGACUUUUGAAACCUUUAAGGUUAACCCAUUAAUGUUUGUGGCUGCAAUGGAUUUUGCAUUGUUUUCCAUUGUGUUUCUAUAAAAGGGUUCAAGAUUGGAUGGUUUUGAGAUCAUUAGGCUGCUUGAUAUUUAUUUUCUUAUCUGGUUGUUUGCAUGAAUCACUUGUAAUCUGGAUUGUUCUCCAUAUUGCAUUGUUUUCCAUUAUGUUUCUAUAAAAGGGUUCAAGAUUGGAUGGUUUUGAGAUCAUUAGGCUGCUUGAUAUUUAUUUUCUUAUCUGGUUGUUUGCAUGAAUCACUUGUAAUCUGGAUUGUUCUCCAUAUUGCAUUGUUUUCCAUUGUGUUUCUAUAAGGUUACCUUCCCUCUAAUGAUUGUUCAGAGAUAUGAGAUCCCCAAGAUCCCCAACCCCCAAAAGUACUACUAUAAUCUGGAAUGAAGCAGAGCUAAGAUCAUUCAUCAAUCUCAUGGUUGAUAAUGUCCGAAACGGAUUGAAGACAAACUCAACAUUCACAAAGGUUGGUUGGGACAACAUUACAAAAGGGCUUGAAGCCGAAUUCAAAAGGCCCUUUGCGAAAGUACAACUACGUAACAAGAUGAAUAAGUUACGCAAGGAGUACAACAGCUUCAGGGCUUUGUUAGAAACAACUGGUUUUGGAUGGGAUGCGAAUGCUCGGACUGCCACAGCUGAUGAUUCAGUAUGGGAAUCUGCUAUUCAGGGAAACAAGGAUUGGGCAAAGUAUAGAAGAAAUGGUCUCCCCAUGUGGCCAGAGUUGUUAGAGAUCUUCUCCGACUCUAGUGCCCGUGGGGAUAGAGGUCUGUCACAGGCAACAGUUGUCACUCCAACGUCAACUAACCUUGAAAUUGAUGAUGAUUUGCAUGACACUGAUAAUUAUGACAGUGAUGCUUGUACUGGGACACCCAAGGGGUCAGCUCCUCCGAAGCGGCGACUUGAUAGGACUCCUACGGAUCGUAGGAGGAAGAGCCACACACGGACAUUGACGAACUCCGCUGAGGACUUUAGAACCUUCGUCCGAUGGAGGAUGGAAAAGGGAUCAACCUCUGCCACCUCAGCAGUUACCCGACCACCUGACCCUAUUGUUGAUGGACCAUAUAGCAUGAUCAGCUGUCAGAAGCUACUGGACAGUUUGGAGGAUAUCCCGACUGAUUUGUAUGUGUUAGCGCAGCGUAAGAUACACAGUGACCCUGGGUGGCGCAUGUCUUUUGUUGAAGUGAGACCUGACAGGAGGUUAUGGAUGAUACAUGGCCUUAAGGAGUGAAAGUAACCGUUUUUGAAAGCAUGAAUGAACUUUGAAAUGUUUUGUUUGGAUUUUAUAUGACUUGAUAUUGACUUACACACUGAUGUCUUUUAUCGUACUAUGGUUGAUGUUGAUUUUGACUUUUGGAUGCUUUGUUUUAUUUUGAUUGCAUGUGCUUCAAAUUUCUAGUA